GUAAAACACACAAAGUAGCCCACACGUGCACCUAUCUGGAUGACGUAGUACACACACAGUAGUCCACACGUUCACCUAUCUGGAUGACGUAGUACAUACAAGGUAGCUCACACGUUCACUUCUCUGGAUGACAUAGUACACACAAAGUAGACCACACGUACACCUAUCUUAAUGACUUCAGCAACAAAAGCCAGUACUCCGGGUUCCUACACUCAAGGAGGGUGAACCAGCCAACAUCACGUGUAUUUCAAAGGGAGGGCGGCCAACAUCUAGAUUGAGUAUUAUGAUUGACGAAAGGAAUAUGUCUGGAUCCUCAGAGACUAUAUCAGUUAAUGACACACCAACUGACACAAAUACUAUUCAGAUGACUCUGAACGGAAAUGCGAAGAGAGACUGGAAUUCAAAAUCUGUUAUUUGCACACAACAGACGGACCUUUUCACCGACAAUGUUUCAGACAGAAAAAUAAUUAAUUGUAAAUAUCCUCCGUCAACACUGUUUAUGGAAAACCCACGUCCACCACUAGAACUUCAAGAAGUCUACUUUCUAACAUUCAGAUGCAAUAUUUCGGACUUUAAUGAUAACUGCAGCUUAAAUUGGAACUGGGACAAGUCGGAGCAAGACAGUAGGACAGAACAAACAAACGGGCUCUCCACGUUUGUUCUGAAUGCAACGAAGGAAGACAACGAACACACUUUGAUAUGCAGUGUACAUUGUUCCAGCUUUCAAGUGAAUCUCUCGGAUUCUUAUACAAUACGCGUGCCAUUUUUAGUAAAUCAAAGGAAGGAAUCCAUUACUGAACCAGUUUCUUGUUCACCGUUGCCAUGGGUUGCCGCCGCUGUUGUGUUCUUUAUACUUAUUGCAUUAAUCGUGAUGAAUGUAGCUGUUCUCAGAAAAAAAAAGUCAACAUCACCCAGUAUUGAAAGAAUUACAGAAAAAACACCUGAAAUCCAACCAAUAAGUGUUCAAACAGAAGUUGCAGCGGAAUAUAGGAACACCACGCCUGAAAUCCAAACUUACGAGGAAAUUGAGAUGGAGAUACACACAUACGAAGCAUAUAAGAGUUCGGGAGAAACCGAGCACCCUUAUGGACAUUAA